CGUAGCGCGUGAGCGGCAAGGUCAAGUUUCGGCCGGCCAACAGCAACGAGCACGAAGACCACCCACAGCACGAAGAUUAUGUCUUUGGCAACAGUGCCGGCAUCUUCCCGUGCAAGUACGGCCUUGAACGCUACGAGUUCUUCUACCUCAAGUACACGGGGCACCACACUUCGCACACAACGACGACGCCCUUGUACGAAGUGGUGGUCGACUCGAGCUGUGAGAACAACGACGUUAAGAGCAGCAGCAACGAUCCAAUCGCCGAGACGCAGCGCGGCGACUACGAGCCGCUGGCCAAGUUCAAGUCCAACACCGUCUCGAUCGGAACCUUCGACCUUUUCAUUCGGCUCACGAGUGACACGCCCCUCGUGUGGGCCAACCAAGCGGUCAACUUGACGUGGGAGAUCUUUGGCGUCAAGUACGACGUUCUCUCGCAUUCGCGCAAUCGCAACUGCAUUGCGUUCUUCAAAGUGAGCGACAUCCACAACACGCGCAAGUGUGCCAAGGUGGAAAUUGUGCCACCGUCGGCGUUCCUCAAGCCGCACGGGGCGGGGCCAGUCUCGGGGCGGAUGCUCGUCUUUACACCGAGUGAGCCCGGCAUGUAUGAGAUCCGUUUCCUCUUCAACUACUUUCACGAAGCCAAGUUGCACCGGCGCUGCCAAGUGUUUGGCCAACUCGAGGAGCAAAUGCAACACCAGCGCAUCAAGUACCUCUUCCAGCGCCGCGACCUCGCGCGCACACUGAGCCUCCUCCAGCAGCAAACGCUCAGUGCGUGGACGGGAGCGCUCGUGCACACGUACGCGUGGCUGCAUCCCGUCUUGAGCUCCCUCCUAUACAAGCCCGUGGACGACUCGGUCGUCAACAACCCGAGCCUCUAUACGCGCUACAUGGUCCGCGAGGUCGCGAACCAAUUAGCGCUGUUCGCCGAGACGAACGAUUUGCAGCUGCAAGCAUGCAUUGAGAAACUGCUCUCGCCGCUUCGGUCGCAGUCGUUCAUUGCGUUUUUUGGUGACGCGUUCAACGGCAGCGAGGAGAUGCGGACGCACGCCCACACGAUCGAGUUUGUGUCGCCCAACGACGCGAUCCGCGACGUGUUCCUUGACGCCAAGACAAAGAGCAUCAAGCGGUGGCCCGCCCUUGGCGCGGUUUCGGUCAAUGAAUGGGCCUCGCCCAAGAGAUGGCUCCUCCACGACGACAAGGUUCUCCUGGAUGCGGGCCCGGAACACUUCGAGGCGCUCGCGCUCGAGUACCUCAGUCGUCCACUUCUACCAGGUCGCGUCGACAUUCUCGACGAGAUUAUUCUCGACAACCGCGCGCUGCUCAUGACCGCUAACCUGGUGGUCGAAAGCGUCGCGACUGCCGCCUGUGGUUUGUACGAGCCCGCGAUUGCGAGCGUGGUCCAAAGCUUCCUCAAGCAAGCCAAGCAAGCGGGAAAGCUAGGGCUCUUCCAAGACCUCGCGGUGCCGCUGCAAGAUGAAAUCCGCAACCAUAUCCAGCGGCUCAUCCGCGCGCUCUUUGAGACACACAGCGUGUCCGGUGACCGCUUUGUGGGCUGGGACACGGACGCGGCGUGCCCGCAAUUGGGGCUGGAUGUGCUCCAGCACCAGGCGCUCCGGGCGUGGCUCAAACCGAAGUGCGUGCACGGCAUCGUCAAAGUGCUCAAGCGUCGCUUCGCACACACGGCGGCGACGAAACUGAAUUGCUGCCGCCACCCCACAUUUCCUCCGAUGUCCACGACUGCCGUCGAGCUGGGCCAGCGCACUGGCACAUCGGUCGUCUACUUUCUCAGCGAAGCCAAGACGGCUUCGGACGAAGCGACGCACGCGUCGUAGAGCGUCUGUGUGUAUCCAUGUGCAAAUGCGUGUUAAUAACAACCACUUGAUGUGAAAAUGACUGAAAUGGAGGCUGGUUGCGGAUAAUGCACUAGUGCAGCGCUGUUGUA